AUGAAAACAUUUCAAACGAGAAAUGCCGUAAUUGAUAUCGGCACCAAUCUUAAAAAGUGGUACAAGGAGAACGUUUUUGAUAAACUGCAAGCCAAGUUGGAAAAUUUUUCCGAAAAACAGUCCGGUUGGGCGUUAAGUGAAGUGCUAUUUGUCAAAAUCAAUAUUAACAAUUACGCUCCCAUCAAAGAUAGUCAGGUAAUACCUGUAGUUUUUCAUAAUCUGAGCGGCUACGACGUUCAUUUUAUUAUUAGAGAGCUUGCGACCGGGGUCAUUCCCGGCGAAAUCAAACUUUUACCCGUAAACAAGGAGAAAUAUAUCUCGUUCACAAAAUUUAUGAGUAGCAGUAUAGAUAAAUUGUCCUCAUAUUUGGAGAAUGACAAAAAAACCCUUAUAAGAUUGCAUAGCGACAACGCGAAUGAAUUUGGUUUGUUAACGCGUAAGGGCAUAUUUCCGUACGAUUAUGUCGACUCAUGGGAGAGGUUAAACGAGCUAGAGUUACCGCCUAGAGAUGCAUUUUUUAGCAAUUUGAAAAACGAAGCGGUAAGCGAAGCCGAUUACGAGCACGCGCUUAACGUAUGGAAUACAUUCAACAUUAAAACAUUAGGAGAUUAUUCCGACCUUUAUUUAAAAACGGAUGUUCUUCUUUUGGCUGAUAUUUUCGAAAACUUUCGCAAUACGUGCAUAGAGACGUAUCGGCUUGAUCCUUUGCAUUACUAUACCGCUCCGGGUCUAGCUUUUGACGCCAUGUUAAAAGUUACGGGCGUGAAAUUGGAGCUUCUAACUGAUAUUGAUCAACUCAUGUUUAUCGAGAAAGGGAUUAGAGGCGGUAUAACGCAGUGUUCUACUAGAUACGCCAAAGCUAACAACCCGUUCAUGAAAGACUAUAACAGCGACCUUGACACGACGUACCUAUUGUACCUUGACAUUAAUAAUCUUUAUGGUGCCACAAUGUGUAAUUUCUUGCCCUUCGGCGAAUUCUCCUUUGUAGAGGACAUUGAAAAUUUGGACAUACUUAAUCAUCCGGACGAUGCUGACGUAGGAUACAUAGUAGACUGUGAUUUGGACUAUCCCUCCGAGUUGCACGAAUCUGAUAGUGAUUUUCCCAUGGCGCCGGAGCAUAUGAUACCCCUUAAUUCAAAAUUUAAAAAACUGAUGUUAACCUUAUAUCCAAAGCGCGAAUAUGUCGUUCAUUAUAGAAAUUUAAAGAUAUACGUGCAGCACGGUCUAAAAUUAGUAAAAAUAAAUCGAGUAUUGCAGUUCAAGCAGUCUCCGUGGUUGAAAAAAUACAUCGAAUUAAAUAUCGGUAUGCGACAGCGGGCGAAAAAUGAGUUCGAUAAAAAUUUCUAUAAAUUAAUGAUUAAUAGUCCUUUUGGUAAGCUUAUGGAGAACGUGCGGAAAUACAAGGAGGUGCAUUUAUUGACUAAAUGGGGCGGACGUUACGGCGCUAGGGCAUAUAUAUCCAAACCAAACUUCCAUAGUUGUACGAUAUUCGAUAAGGACAUGGUGAUCAUAGAAAUGAAUAGAUUAGAAGUCUUUUUCAAUAAACCUAUAUACGCAGGAUUUGCAGUUUUAGACAUUUCAAAAACGUUUCUUUACGACUUUCAUUAUAACUACGUUUUGAAAAAGUUUCAAAAAUCGUCCGCAAAGCUGUUGUACACCGAUACCGAUAGUUUAAUAUACGCUUUUAACGUUCCCAACAUAUAUGAAAUUAUAAAGGAAGAUAUUCAUAGAUUUGAUACAUCAGAUUAUGAUCCCGAAAACGAGUUUGGAAUUCCUUUGGUAAAUAAAAAAAUUCCGGGGUUAAUGAAGGAUGAAAAUCAUGGUCGUAUAAUGACCGAAUUUGUAGGGUUGCGUGCAAAGAUGUAUUCAUAUGAGGUCGAUGGAAAAUUGAUAAAGAAAUCGAAAGGAUCCACAUCAUCUAGUAUGAGGGACGUUACGAUCGAUGAUUAUAAAAGGUCCUUGUUUAAUAUUGUAACUAUAAAAAAGGAGCAGAAUCUAAUACGAUCGAAGAAGCAUGCCGUAUACACAUUGAAACAAAAUAAGGUCGUAUUAAGUCCUCACGAUGACAAACGCGUCAUAUGCGCUAAUCGUAUCGAUACACGGCCUUGGGGAUAUUGUAAUUUUAGUAAUCCUACCUAA